AUGGCAUCCAGCGCGUUUCAGUUCGCCGAGGGCGAGGAUGCGCAGCAGCUUGCGCACGACGCCGACGCUUUAUUGCAGCGGGGCUGGGCGCAGGACGGAGACGGAAUGGGGGUUACAAAAACGUUCCAUUUUAAGAGUUAUUUCAAGGCUGUGGCGUUUGUUAAUAUGAUUGCAGCCGAGAGUUCGUCCAAGAAACAUCAUCCCACUAUGACUGUGCGGAUUGGCUCGGUCGAUGUGCACUGGACAACCCAUCGCCCUCGCGGGUUCACACAAAAAGAUGUUACGAUGGCGCAGCAUUGUGACAAGAGCGCUGAUCUGAUGGGCGCUGUUGAUCCCGGCCAGGGACUGAAAUGUGGUCCAACUGUCUAG